AUGUCCGCAAACUUCCACGCGCCCGCCCUCGUUCCCAUCCACUUCUACACCGAUCUCGUGGAAGUGCUGCCGCCCCCGCCCUGCGGAGAGCCGAUCUGGACCCUUGACCGCGAGUGCGACCAAUGUGUGAAGAGCAAAAAGGGCCAGUGCCGUGACUCCGCCAUCCCGGACCAUUGUCGCCUCUGCAUCCACCGGGACUGCAUGAUUUGGGGCUUACGCAUCGAUGGCGCGUUCAUCGUCCCCAACGUGGGGUUUGUCGGCUGGUUCCAGAGCGACACCAUCCAAAUCCGCUCUGGCCUCCCGGACACCACGGACAUCGUCGCCCAGGGCGCAGCCGACUUCGUCCUCACCUGGUUCAGGGACCAGGAUUACACCCGUGUAUUGGAGGCCUCCACACUCUUCAACUCCCCGUUCCCGAACAUCCCCUCUUACAGGGUGCACGAAAAGUGGGACCGCGUGUCCGCGCGCAGGCUCGCCGCCGACGUCGUUUUCCGCGGGGUGACUUCUAAGGAACCCUUGGUCUUCGACAGCACACGUGACGAAUGGAUCAAGGGGCCAUUCACUCGUGAAGAUCACAACUGGACGGCUCUACUGGGGGAUUCCUAUCGUAGAGUACGCCUGAGUAAUAUCCCACCCCCUGCCGCACUUGCUGCCGCUGCCGCCAUGGCCGCACCUCCCGCCGCGCCUCCUGCCGUGGCCGCGCCUCCCGCCGCUCCUCCCGCCGCGGCCGCUCCCACUCCCGCACCCGCUGUUGCUGCCGCCACCGCUCGCCCUCCCCCCGUCGUGAGUGGGCGCAUGUCCACGUCCACACGCGCGUCCGCACGCGCCUCGACGUCCGCACGCGCCUCGACGUCCGCGCGCGCAUCCACCUCCGCGUGUGCCUCCACCUCCUCCUUGGGCCCCGCGUCCCUCGCACCUCCAUCUCGUAGGGGCAAGCGCAAACUCGACGACCGCGACGACCGCGACGACCGCGUCGACUCCCAUUCCAGGAAGUCCGCUCGCUCGUCCAGGUCCGCCGAUGAUUGUGAAUACACCCACCCUGCCCUCCCCGACCUGUCUUUCCUGCCAGGCCUCAACAUGGAGGAGCUUGCCGCCUCCGCCCGCUACGUCCACGCUGCCGACGACGCCGUCCGCUGGACGCAGUUGCGGGGGAUCACGAACAUGCUGGCGUUCCACGCCUCAGGCCUCGCCACCACCGCGUCGAGACUGGCUAAGUGGGCGGAAGAGAACGCGCCCCCCUCGACCCGCGUCGACACGCCGACGUCGUCCGAAGAAAGCGACGAAGUGAACAACACGCCCGUCGAUGAAGACAACAAUGGCGACGACGAGUAUAUGGAUGAGUAG